AUGUCCAAUCCGCCAUUACAACAAGCUCAAGAACAGCCAUUCAAGGACACAAUUUUGACAAUCCUGAAUAACCAAAAUGCGCUGAUGGCAAGGUUAGCAGAGCAGAUGGCGGGUAUCCAAGGAAGUGUCCAAAAUACAAACCGGAACGAAUAUAUCCUCGAUUCCUUAGCGACGAAUAUCACGGAAUUUGUCUACGAUGCAGAAAAAGGAUGUUCUUUCGACGCUUGGUUCUCACGGUACGCGGAUCUUUUCGAAAAAGACGCUGCACAGCUUCAGGAUGACGCAAAAGUUCGACUUCUACUCAGAAAGCUGAGUCCCACCGCACACGAACGAUAUACUUCGUUCAUACUUCCUAAACUUUCGAAGGAAUUUACGUUUGAUGAGACCAUUGCCAAGCUUAAGACAAUUUUCGGCACGCCCGUGUCUACCUUUCAUCGUCGAUAUCAAUGCCUUCAGACGACGAAAGAUGAGAAUGAUGAUUUUAUCAGCUACUCUUGCAAGGUCAACCGUGCGUGCGUCGAUUUUAAGCUCCAGGAACUCAAAGAGGAGCAGUUCAAAUGCCUGAUAUUUGUGUGUGGACUCAAAUCUUCCAAGGACUCUGAUAUACGGAUGCGCUUGUUAUCGAAAAUCAACGAGACGAACGACAUCACAUUGGAAAAAGUAGUGGAGGAUUGCAAAAGCCUCAUAAAUCUGAAGAAAGAUACUGUUCUCAUCGGUGGUCAAACAUCGACAUCCACCGUCGCCGCUACGAAGGCCUACAGAUCUCGCUCUCCGAAUCAUCGCAAAAAGGGAAACUGGGGCAAUACCAAAAGCAAAGGAGACGCACCGAAGACGCCUUGUUGGUGCUGUGGUGGUAUGCAUUUCUCCAGCCAGUGCAGUUUCAAGGAACAUAAGUGCCGGGACUGCGGUCAGACGGGGCACAAGGAAGGCUACUGUGGGUGCUUCAAGCAGCGAUCGAAGUUCAAUAAAGGGAAGCAGCAGCAUAAACCAAGGCACUCGAAUAAGAUCGUCGUGGUAAAGGAUGUGAAGCGGAGCCGUCGGUACGUCGAAACCAACAUCAACGGUGUGCCAGUGAACCUUCAACUGGAUUCCGGGUCCGACAUAACCAUCAUUUCUAAACAAAAUUGGAUCAGAGUCGGGGCACCACAAACGUCACCACCCGACUGUCAGGUGCAGACUGCUUCGGGAAGCAGGCUUGCUAUCGAUGCGAUGUUCCGAGCCUCAAUCACCAUCGGCAAUACCCAACGGGAAGGCUCAGACUUGUUGGACGAGUUUGGCCUGUGGGACGUUCCAUUUUCGUCCUUCUGUAAGCUGGUCGACACCAAACAAGAAGACCAGCAGAUCGCCGAGUUGAGGGCCAUGUUUCCAGACGUUUUCACGGAACGCAUGGGCCUCUGUACGAAAACGCAAGUACAUUUCACGCUCAAGGAGGGAGCUCAACCAGUAUUCAGGCCUAAGCGACCGGUAUCAUACGGUAUGGAAGUGGUCGUCGAAGAUGAGCUGAAGCGCCUAGAACACCUGGGCAUCAUCACGCCGGUUACGUAUGCAGAUUGGGCAGCACCGAUUGUGGUGGUACGUAAGCCGGACCGCUCCGUCCGCAUAUGCGCCGAUUUUUCUACCGGCCUGAACAACGUGUUAGAGUCAAACAGCUAUCCUCUGCCUCUUCCGGAGGAUAUCUUCAAUCGAAUGGCAAAUUGCACUAUAUUCAGUCACAUCGACCUGUCCAACGCCUAUCUACAAGUUCCCGUAGACGAGGAAAGUCGCAAAUUGAUUAAUAUCAAUACCCACAAAGGACUGUACCGGUUCAACCGUCUCUCACCCGGAAUCAAAAGCGCACCGGGAGCGUUCCAACAGAUCAUGGACACGAUGCUAUCCGGCAUCGAAUGUACGUCACCCUACCUUGACGACAUCUUGAUCGGUGGCCGGAAUGCGGAGGAACAUAGACGAAAUUUACAUUUAGUCCUGCAACGCAUCCAGGAGUAUGGGUUCACCGUGAAGAUCGAAAAAUGCCGGUUCUUCAUGCACCAAGUUAAAUACUUGGGCCAACUUCUGGAUUCCGAGGGCAUACGCCCUGAUCCAGAUAAGGUGAAGGCAAUAAUCAACAUGCCUCCGCCAAACGAUGUACCCACCCUGAGAUCCUAUUUAGGGGCGAUUAAUUAUUACGGCAAAUACAUCCGAGAGAUGCGGAAACUUCGCCAACCGCUGGAUGAGCUCCUCAAGGAGGGGGCCAGUUUCCAGUGGACAGAUGCAUGUCAACGUUCAUUCAACCGUUUCAAAGAAGUUUUGCAAUCACCCCUCAUGCUGACUCACUACAAUCCUCGCCUAACGAUGGUAGUGUCAGCAGACGCAUCAAAUGUGGGAAUAGGCGCCCACAUUGCUCAUCGAUUCCCCGACGGGUCGGAAAAGGCAGUAUACCAUGCAUCCCGGAGUCUGACUCCAGCCGAAUCCCGCUAUAGUCAGAUCGAGAAAGAGGCGUUGGGCCUCGUAUACGCCGUAACAAAGUUCCAUAGAAUGAUCUACGGCAGACAUUUCAUCCUGCAGACGGACCACAAGCCUCUUGUGGCCAUUUUCGGCUCGAAACAAGGGAUUCCACCUUACACCGCCAACCGUCUCCAAAGAUGGGCACUCACCAUGUUACUCUACGAUUUCAAAAUCGAGCAUAUUUCUACGGAUCAUUUUGGGCACGCCGAUAUACUAUCCCGUUUGAUCAACAGCCACGUAAGGCCGAACGAGGACUAA